UGCUAAUAGUAAAGUUGACGGCUUGAAAAGAAGUGACCAUGUGAUUUUAGUGAAGAACUUGCCCUAAGGUUCAUCAGAAAAUGAACUUGCAAAGAUGUUUGGGAAAUUUGGUAGUUUGGAUAAAAUAAUUCUCCCUCCAACAAAAACUUUGGCCCUGGUUGUUUUCCUCGAACCAGCAGAAGUUAAAGCAGCUUUUAGAGCUUUGGCAUACAAGCGAUACAAGGAUGCCCCAUUAUACUUGGAGUGGGCUCCUUCCAAUAUUCUUAGUCAAAGCUCAACAUCUAAAAGUAAUGAAAUGAAUAGUGGAAUUGAUCAAAAUGAUGUCAAGCAGCUGAAAUUGGAGCAAAAUAUAUUAAGAAUAUCAGAUGUGUAUAUUGAUCCAGACAGAGUACAGGUGAAGAAGCAUUGGAAAAAUGUUUCCAUGGGAGCUAUGGUAAUGGUAAGAAGGGUAAAUCCUUAUCCUUGGAAGUAGAGAGGAUGCCACAAGGUAGAAACCUAAACAUCGCGUCAAGAACAUCAUCCUCACACCAUGAGUUAUAAUUAAGGAAAAAUCUAUUUCAAUUUUUUUUUUAUCAAUAUCUGUUUCAAUUGAAAUAACCACUUGGAUUUAACUCUAAUGAUUGAGAGGGUGAAAAUUUGGGAAAAGAAAUUAUCGUGAACCAACAAAUUCCAAAUGGUUGUUAGGUGAAAGCUGAAAACACAUGAAUGAA